AUGCAGGGACUCAAACCACCUAGUCCUAGUCCUAAGCAGCUCAAGAAUGAAGAGGCACUGACCAAAUAUGCGGUUUUCCUAUGUGGCCUUAUGCUUCUUGUUACUGCCGCUCGUUGGCUGCACAAGUUUUGCAUCAAAUCUCCGCAUCUCAAAAAGCCCGCACCAUCAUCAAACUACGGGCACGAGACGUGUCUUGUGGUCUUCAAAAAUCUUCAAAAACGUGCUCCUUGGAAUUGGUUUGGGCGACCAUCUUUUGGCUUUAUCAUAUUGACCAGCUUCUAUCUUGUCGGCAACAUCGCGUUCUGCUCAAACAUGCUUGCAAUGCCUCAACUCCUGAAUCAUUGGGCCUCUAGGUUUGGAUGGAUGGGUGCUGCCAACAUGGUACUUUGCGUCUUCUUUGGACUCAAAAACACGCCGCUGGGUCCGUUAGCAGCCGUUUCGCAUAGCCAGCUGAAUGUUCUCCAUCGAAUAGUGGGCUAUACAACUGUAUUACUUGUGUUAAUUCACGCUGCUGUGUACACGAUACACUUUGGACGCCAAGGCCGCUUAAUGCAGUUGCUCAAGAUGGAGGACAUCGCAGGCAUAGGGGCUGGUGCUGCUAUGCUGGUCUUGCUAAUGGGUAUUUUCAGACACAAGCGCUACGAGCUAUUCUAUGUCAGCCAUAUUAUUGGAUUUCUGUCCGUUGUCCUCUUAACAGCACUGCAUAGGCCAAACUGGGCAAAAAAGAUCCCAGUGGUUAUGCUUGUUGUUUUUAGCAUGUGGAUGCUGGAUCGUCUUAUUCGAUUGAUCGUAAUUCUAAGCAAUCUUGUCAACAACUCGGCUACAUUCCAUCCCCUUGCUGAUGGAGGAACACGAGUGAUGCUUAAGAAACCUGGCACAGAAGCUGCUUUGCCGGGAUCUCAUUGCUUCUUUUGGAUCCCAAGACUUCGAGCCUACGAGAGCCAUCCAUUUACUAUUGUCAGUAACGAUUCCUCUGGUCUGGAACUCGUGAUGAAGUCGCACGAGGGCUUUACGAAAGCUGUUGAGAGCUUUGCAAUUCAACAUCCUGGUUCUACUCUGUGGGCCUCUAUUGAUGGUCCAUAUGGGUCACUACCAGACAUGAACCACUACGAUAAGUUGAUCCUUGUUGCUGGUGGAAGCGGAGCUGCAUUCACCUUUGGGUUUGUGAAUCGGCUCAUGAUGCAGCCUCAGAGAGUAGCACUUCAAUCUAUUGAAUUUAUAUGGGCUGUGAGGCGCAAAGAGCAUUUAAACUGGUUUCACCGCCACUUGUUAAAUAUCACAAAGGCUGGAUACCCUCUAAGCGUGAAGAUUUAUGUCACGGAUGAAAAAUCACGAGGUAGCUCAACUGCAAUAACUCCUACAGCCACAGCAUGCCAACCAGUUACAGGAGAAGUAGAGAGCGAAGGGUUACUAACAGAUAGUGCACUUAAUUAUGGCACUGCUUCUGAGAUGGGCAACACAGGUGAUUUAUUUCAACAAACCACCUCUGACGAUCAGAUAUCCGACCUUAAAUUUGAGAAGGUUGAUAUUGAUGUUGUAAUCAGCAAAUCCUUGGAAGGGGCUGGACGUCACCAACGGGUACUCGUUGCGUCUUGUGGACCCAAGUCGCUCAUGGACGACGUGGUGGAUUCAGCACAUAAAUGGCAGAAUAAGCGAGGUCUUAGAAUAGAUGUUCACUGUGAAGACUUCGACGGUUGA